CAGGCGAGGGCAGCGCGGGCGGAGAUACCGGCUCGGUCCAAAGUCCUCGGCUGCCCCGGAGCCAGCCCGCUGCACGCACGUACACACAUACGCGCGCACACACACACACACAGGCACACGGGCACACGCCGCGCACACGCACCUGCCCACGUCGCACCUGGACACCCGCGUAGGUGCCGCGCGGCCGGAGCAGGUAUUUCCCAUGUUCCUUCUCCUCUGAUGCUCCCAGACUCAGACUUCUCCUACCCAGCACUUUCGGGGUGGGAUUCUGUGUAUUACUGUCUCUCCCUCCCACCCCGCUAGGCUGAGCCACCGAUUUUUCAGUUCCCAGCCCCUGGCAUCCCUAGCUGGUUGCAAAAUCCGGAGAAGUAAUGGUCUUGGGAGACCCGCCCAGUGUGAUCUCUACUCCGUGGUCUCUGCGCACCCUGGCAUUUUAAUGGGAGACAGACUGACAGAGAGUCAGACAGACCUUUGGAGAGCGUGGUGGCCCAGAGCGCGGGGAGGAGGCCACAGAGGCGGAUGGGGCUGCAGUUCUGUAGGGCGGUGCAUAUGGAACAGACACUGCGUUUCCCCAGUAAGAGGCAGCACAAACGCCUUUCUGAAGCAUGGCACUGCUUUCCCGGGAAUGCGCCGGGAUUUCAGGCAGGCAGGAAGGGCAGCAUCGCUUUGGGUGUGUUGCUUGUCUAGGGCGAGUGUGUGGGUUCGGAUCCUUCAUAAAAGGUCUGCCCUGCUCAUCUCUCUGCUCUAUGAGCAAUAGCAAGCCUGCAUACACUGGGGUCUCCCUAGCCUUCCCCCAGCACUGUUAGGGAAAGCACGGCGGCGCUGCUUCUCCCUCUGUGCCUGAGCCUAACACCUGCCACAUGCCUUUGAGGUGUGUGUCUGAGAAAUAGAACUAGAAGGGGGAAUGGCGGGGGGUCAGUGCAGGAAGGGAGAAGGGUCCUCCCACUCCUGACCGCCUGGGCAGUGCCCACCCUUCAAGGAAGCCAGGCAUUCUUGGGUCUGGCAGCAGCUCCCAGAGCCGGGUGCCUCCUGACCUGUAGAGUCACUCUCCAGAAGCCUGUGGUUCAAGGUUCUGUUUCCCUAAAGCUUGUCCUUUGCCUUUCUCCUGGGGUUGGAGUUUCACAGACUGCUCAUUUUAGAACUUUUUCUGGGGGAGGUCAAGGGGGGGAGCGGGGAGUGGUGGUUGGGUUCCAAAAGGGCUUUUUCACACUUCCCGUUUGGGAGUCAAAGACCAGCUCACUCAGGGCUCAGUUGCAGGGAGAAGAAUGUGCGCUCUCAGAUACAACAUUAUCUUGGAGUUGAAUAUAGAUGUAGCAGGGUUCUGUGUUUCUAUAACCGUCCCUUUUGGCAUAGCUUGUUGGGCAACUUGGCAAGAAAUGGAAUGAGUUUGUACUCUAUACAAGAUCAUGUAUUCAGAGUGUCCUACAAACCCACCAGUGGGAAAAAAUAUGUUGGGAGUUUUCCAGAACAUUAGGGGAAAGGAAGCAACAUUCUUUCGAACAAGUGGGCCUCAGUGCUGGGCACAGGGUUUGGUUGCUUCUGUAAAUCCUGAAGAUGGGUGCUGAGCUGAAGGGCCCUGUCCUCUGCUCUCUUCAGACUUUUUUCAGCUCCCGCAAAGGACUCUGGCUAGGCUGGGGAGGAGAGGGGCAAGCACCCCAGAAGGAGGUGGCAUUCCUGCUGUGUGCUCUGAGCUGCCCUUUGAUUGACUGCGAAGGGGAGAUGGAAUAGAGCAACGCUCUCACAAGGGGGAGACUCCUGUCUGGGGGAAGAGACAUUCUUGUAAGAAUGGUGGGUGUGUUGCACACACACCCAGAUACACUCACGCCUUCUCCAAGAGCCUAGUUAUUACCUGGGCAGCACGGCCAAGCACGUGUGACACUGGUUGACAACGGGACCCGCCUCUGCUUUCCGGGCUGUGGCAGCACCGACACGUUUCCCGCGCAUGCCCUUUGGGUGCAUGGACAGGGAGGUCCCCCGUAUGCGUAGCGUAGCACAUGGCUUUCUACAGAAAUAGUGAACUCCAGCGACAGUGGGUGGCUCCCAGGUACACAUCCCCUCGUGGGACCUUGAAGGGGCCAAGUGGUGGGGUCCAGAGCUUCCUGAAAUGUUGCUGUGUCUCCCAAGUAGGCCUGUGCUCCUUCCUCUGCUUCCUUUCCUCCCCUCUUCCUUUCUCAGAUAUUUGCAAGCCUCAGGCUCCAUCAUAGUCACGCUAAGCCAGCAGUCAUUAUGCGGGUGAUAAGCUAAACAUUUUUUAACGUGGGUUCAAAAAAAUCCCCACACUUUCCGAACUUAGUGUGAGGUACCAAUUUGGUUUCUAGGACAAAGCAGGCAUUAAUUAACAUCUGUGUGGAGCUGGCUGUACAUCUCAUUUUUUCCUGGCUCGCUUGCCCAGCCCUGGAGCAUGUCACGUUGUCACUCUCAUUCUCCACCACUCCUCUGUGGCCUUCCUUUCAAGUUCUCUGGGGUCUUCCUCGCUCGACAGGGAGUCGCACUCGAAAAACCCCAACCGUGAAUGCUUCUUUUGGGGGCAGAUCCUCGCCGCCGCCCGGCUGUGGUCUGGGCGGCUCUGCUGCGAGCACGCGGCGCGGGUUGCCCAUGAACUGUUCCUUCUUGCUGGAUCCGGUCCUCCCGGCCUCGCCUCUGUCCGGCCAGCACUUCAUUCUGGAUGCCCCCCGACCCUCUGCAAACAUUUCCAGAGGAAUCCGAGGCCUCCAACUUGUUUCCUUUCUCCUCCUCUGCCCCCUCUCCCUCGCCCCGCUGCCGCUGCUCCCUGCUCCCUGCAGACGGAAAUCUGCACGGCAGAGUCUGCCUACACUUGGCCUCCUGAUCCUUUUCAUCACAAUGAGGGCUGAUGGGAAUGAAGUGGGGGCUUUCGAGGGAGGCAGCCGUCCUGCAGCGGUGGGCGAGCUACGGGGGCGGGGAAAUUACCGGCUCUUAGCUCCUAGUUAUCACCGGGCUUUGAUGCAAAGAAAUCGCCGCCAAUCUCUCUCCUCCUAGCCAGCUAGGGGGCAUUUUUCAGUCGUUUUCUCCCCAUCCUCACCCAGAGAAGGCACUGCACAGACAAUGCCACCUCACCUUGGAGACCUGUUGGGUGGCUCAGCCAGGGACAGCGAUAGCACGGCAGCCCUACAGGAAACCGGCCAGGGAUCCAGGCUGUGAUGAGUCUGUGCAACAGAUGUGCCAGUCUUUCUAGGCUCUGCUCUCCUCUCUUCAUUCGUGUCCAGCGCUACCCAAGAGCGGCAUUUUGAAAAGACGGCGCACUAAUAAAUCAAACGGCUGUUUGGGAGAUGCACAUGAUUAGGGUAAUUGCCCUAUGGGUUCUAUUGAGCAAGACUUGGUCCACAUGGAGCCCUGUAGAGGCUUUGUCUGCUGCAGCCUUCCAGUUGUGGCAGGAACGUGGAGUCGGCCGGGAGACGGAAGGGGGCUCUGCUGCUAAGUGAGAGCCUGCACUCCUCCCGGGACACUCUGUGCCUGUGCCAAGUGCCACCGUGCCCCAAGGCCACGUCUCUGAAAUGAAAGCCAUGCCUUGGAACUGGACUUGCCUGCUGUCCCAUCUUCUGAUGCUGGGAAUGGGCUCCUCCACUCUGCUGCCCCGGCAGCCGCCCCCGCUGCCCCAGAAGCGGUCUUUUGUCACGUUCCGCGGGGAGCCCGCCGAGAGCUUCAACCACUUGGUGGUGGACGAGAGGACAGGGCACAUUUACGUGGGGGCCGUCAACCGGAUCUAUAAGCUCUCCAGCGACCUGAAGGUCCUGGUGACCCACCAGACAGGGCCGGACGAGGACAACCCCAAGUGCUACCCGCCCCGCAUUGUCCAGACGUGCAACGAGCCCCUGACGACCACCAACAAUGUCAACAAGAUGCUCCUCAUUGACUACAAGGAGAACAGGCUGAUCGCGUGUGGCAGCCUGUAUCAGGGCAUCUGCAAGCUCCUGAGGCUGGAGGACCUGUUCAAGCUGGGGGAGCCCUUCCACAAGAAGGAGCACUACCUGUCGGGGGUCAACGAGAGUGGCUCCGUCUUUGGGGUGAUCGUCUCCUACAGCAACCUGGACGACAAGCUCUUCAUUGCCACGGCCGUGGACGGGAAGCCCGAGUACUUCCCCACCAUCUCCAGCCGGAAGCUGACCAAGAACUCCGAGGCGGACGGCAUGUUCGCGUACGUCUUCCACGAUGAGUUUGUGGCCUCGAUGAUCAAGAUCCCGUCCGACACCUUCACCGUCAUCCCCGACUUCGAUAUCUACUACGUCUACGGCUUCAGCAGCGGCAACUUUGUCUACUUUUUGACCCUGCAGCCCGAGAUGGUGUCUCCCCCCGGCUCCACCACCAAGGAGCAGGUGUAUACGUCCAAGCUCGUGAGGCUUUGCAAGGAGGACACGGCCUUCAACUCGUACGUGGAGGUGCCCAUCGGCUGCGAGCGCGGCGGGGUGGAGUACCGCCUGCUGCAGGCCGCCUACCUGUCCAAAGCCGGGGCCGUGCUGGCCCAGACCCUCGGCGUCCGCCCAGAGGACGACCUCCUCUUCACCGUCUUCUCCAAAGGCCAGAAGCGGAAAAUGAAAUCCCUGGACGAGUCGGCCCUGUGCAUCUUCAUCCUGAAGCAGAUCAACGACCGCAUCAAGGAGCGGCUGCAGUCCUGCUACCGGGGCGAGGGCACGCUGGACCUGGCCUGGCUCAAGGUGAAGGACAUUCCCUGCAGCAGCGCGCUCUUAACCAUCGACGACAACUUCUGCGGCCUGGAUAUGAACGCGCCCCUGGGCGUGUCGGAGAUGGUGCGCGGCAUCCCGGUCUUCACGGAGGACAGGGACCGCAUGACGUCCGUCAUCGCCUACGUCUACAAGAAUCACUCCCUGGCCUUCGUGGGCACCAAAAGCGGCAAGCUCAAGAAGAUCCGAGUAGACGGGCCCAGGGGCAACGCCCUGCAGUAUGAGACGGUGCAGGUGGUGGAGCCCGGCCCAGUCCUCCGGGACAUGGCCUUCUCCAAGGACCACGAGCAGCUCUACAUCAUGUCGGAAAGGCAGCUCACCAGAGUCCCCGUGGAGUCCUGCGGUCAGUAUCAGAGCUGCGGCGAGUGCCUUGGCUCGGGCGAUCCGCACUGUGGCUGGUGUGUGCUCCACAACACGUGCACCCGGAAGGAGCGCUGUGAACGGUCCAAGGAGCCCCGCCGGUUUGCCUCCGAGAUGAAGCAGUGCGUCCGGCUGACCGUCCAUCCAAGCAACAUCUCCGUUUCUCAGUACAAUGUCUUGCUGGUCCUGGAGACAUACAAUGUCCCGGAGCUGUCAGCGGGCGUCAACUGCACCUUUGAGGACCUGUCAGAGAUGGAUGGGCUGGUGGUAGGCAAUCAGAUCCAGUGCUACUCCCCAGCAGCCAAGGAGGUGCCCCGGAUCAUCACGGAGAACGGGGACCACCACGUCGUCCAGCUGCAGCUCAAGUCCAAGGAGACAGGCAUGACCUUUGCCAGCACCAGUUUCGUCUUCUACAACUGCAGCGUCCAUAAUUCGUGCCUGUCUUGCGUGGAGAGCCCAUACCGCUGCCACUGGUGUAAAUAUCGGCACGUCUGCACCCACGAUCCCAAGACUUGCUCCUUCCAGGAAGGCCGGGUAAAGCUGCCUGAGGACUGCCCCCAGCUGCUGCGAGUGGACAAGAUCCUGGUGCCCGUGGAGGUGAUCAAGCCCAUCACCCUGAAGGCCAAGAACCUCCCGCAGCCGCAGUCGGGGCAGCGUGGGUACGAGUGCGUCCUCCGCAUCCAGGGCAGCGAGCAGAGGGUGCCAGCCCUGCGCUUCAACAGCUCCCGCGUGCAGUGCCAGAACAGCUCUUAUUCCUACGAAGGCAUGGAGAUCAACAACCUGCCGGUGGAGCUGACGGUCGUGUGGAACGGGCACUUCAACAUCGACAACCCAGCGCAGAACGAAGUUCACCUCUAUAAGUGCGGUGCCAGGCGAGAGAGCUGCGGGCUGUGCCUCAAGGCGGAUCCGGACUUCGAGUGCGGCUGGUGCCAAGGCCAAGGGCAGUGCACCCUGCGGCAGCACUGCCCCAUCCACGAGAGCCAGUGGCUGGAGCUGUCAGGUGCCAACAGCAAGUGCACGAACCCCCGCAUCACAGAGAUCAUCCCCGUGACAGGCCCCCGGGAAGGGGGCACCAAGGUCACCAUCCGAGGGGAGAACCUGGGCCUGGAAUUCCGGGACAUUGCCUCCCAUGUCAAGGUGGCCGGCGUGGAGUGCAGCCCGUUGGUGGACGGCUACAUCCCUGCGGAACAGAUCGUGUGUGAGAUGGGGGAGGCCAAGCCCAGCCAGCACGCCGGCUUCGUGGAGAUCUGUGUGGCUGUGUGUCGGCCCGAGUUCAUGGCCAGGUCCUCGCAGCUCUACUACUUCAUGACGCUGACUCUCUCAGACCUGAAGCCCAGCCGGGGGCCCAUGUCGGGGGGCACACAGGUGACCAUCACAGGCACCAACCUGAACGCGGGCAGCAACGUGGUGGUGACGUUCGGGAAGCAGCCCUGCCUCUUCCACAGGCGUUCUCCGUCCUACAUCGUCUGCAACACCACGUCCUCAGAUGAGGUGCUGGAAAUGAAGGUGAUGGUGCAGGUGGACAGGGCCAAGAUCCACCAGGACCUGUUCUUCCAGUACGUGGAGGACCCCACCAUCGUGCGGAUUGAGCCCGAGUGGAGCAUCGUCAGUGGGAACACGCCCAUCGCCGUGUGGGGGACGCACCUGGACCUCAUACAGAACCCCCAGGUCCGUGCCAAGCACGCAGGGAAGGAGCACAUCAAUCUUUGUGAGGUUCUGAGUGCUACUGAGAUGACCUGCCAGGCUCCAGCCCUGGCUCUGGGACCCGACCACCAGUCCGACCUGACAGAGAGGCCCGAGGAGUUCGGCUUCAUCCUGGACAAUGUCCAGUCCCUGCUCAUCCUCAACAAGACCAACUUCACCUACUACCCCAACCCUGUGUUUGAGGCCUUCGGUCCCUCAGGAAUCCUGGAGCUCAAGCCUGGCACACCCAUCAUCCUAAAGGGCAAGAACCUGAUCCCACCCGUGGCCGGGGGUAACGUAAAGCUGAACUACACCGUGCUGGUCGGGGAGAAGCCGUGCACGGUGACGGUGUCGGACGUACAGCUGCUCUGCGAGUCCCCCAACCUUAUUGGCAGGCACAAAGUGAUGGCCCGCGUCGGUGGCAUGGAGUACUCCCCGGGGAUGGUGUACAUCGCCCCGGACAGCCCGCUCAGCCUGCCCGCCAUCGUCAGCAUCGCUGUGGCCGGCGGCCUCCUCAUCAUCUUCAUCGUGGCCGUGCUCAUUGCCUACAAGCGCAAGUCCCGAGAAAGCGACCUCACGCUGAAGCGCUUGCAGAUGCAGAUGGACAACCUGGAGUCCCGUGUGGCCCUGGAGUGCAAAGAAGCCUUUGCUGAGCUGCAGACGGACAUCCACGAGCUGACCAGUGACCUGGACGGAGCCGGGAUUCCCUUCCUGGACUAUAGAACCUACACCAUGCGGGUGCUGUUCCCGGGCAUUGAAGACCACCCGGUCCUCCGGGACCUCGAGGUGCCGGGCUACCGGCAGGAACGCGUGGAGAAAGGCCUGAAGCUCUUCGCCCAGCUCAUCAACAACAAGGUGUUCCUGCUCUCCUUCAUCCGCACGCUGGAGUCUCAGCGCAGCUUCUCCAUGCGCGACCGCGGCAACGUGGCCUCGCUCAUCAUGACGGUGCUGCAGAGCAAGCUGGAGUACGCCACCGACGUGCUGAAGCAGCUGCUGGCCGACCUCAUCGACAAGAACCUGGAGAGCAAGAACCACCCCAAGCUGCUGCUCAGGAGGACUGAGUCGGUGGCUGAGAAGAUGUUGACCAAUUGGUUCACUUUCCUGCUCUACAAGUUCCUCAAGGAGUGUGCGGGGGAGCCUCUCUUCUCCCUGUUCUGUGCCAUCAAGCAGCAGAUGGAGAAGGGGCCCAUCGAUGCCAUCACAGGAGAGGCCCGCUACUCCCUGAGCGAGGACAAGCUCAUCCGCCAGCAGAUCGACUACAAAACCCUGGUCCUGAGUUGUGUCAGCCCAGACAGUGCCAACAGCCCCGAGGUCCCAGUGAAGAUCCUCAACUGCGACACCAUCACUCAGGUCAAAGAGAAGAUUCUGGACGCCAUCUUCAAGAACGUGCCCUGCUCCCACCGGCCCAAGGCUGCAGACAUGGACCUGGAGUGGCGACAGGGAAGCGGGGCGAGGAUGAUCCUGCAGGAUGAGGACAUCACCACCAAGAUUGAGAACGACUGGAAGAGACUGAAUACCCUGGCACACUACCAGGUGCCAGAUGGUUCUGUGGUGGCUUUAGUGUCCAAGCAGGUGACAGCCUACAAUGCAGUGAACAACUCCACCGUCUCCAGAACCUCGGCCAGUAAAUAUGAAAACAUGAUCCGGUACACGGGGAGCCCCGACAGCCUCCGCUCGCGCACACCCAUGAUCACCCCCGACCUGGAGAGCGGAGUCAAGAUGUGGCACCUGGUGAAGAACCACGAGCACGGGGACCAGAAGGAGGGCGACCGGGGGAGCAAGAUGGUGUCUGAAAUCUACCUGACGCGCCUGCUGGCCACUAAGGGCACGCUGCAGAAGUUCGUGGAUGACCUUUUUGAGACCAUCUUCAGCACGGCGCACCGGGGCUCCGCCUUGCCCUUGGCCAUCAAGUACAUGUUCGACUUUCUGGACGAGCAGGCUGACAAGCACGGCAUCCAUGACCCCCACGUCCGCCACACCUGGAAGAGCAACUGCCUACCCCUGCGGUUUUGGGUGAACAUGAUCAAGAACCCCCAGUUCGUGUUCGACAUCCACAAGAACAGCAUCACCGACGCCUGCCUCUCCGUGGUGGCCCAGACCUUCAUGGACUCGUGCUCCACGUCCGAGCACCGGCUGGGCAAGGACUCCCCUUCUAACAAGCUGCUCUACGCCAAGGACAUCCCCAGCUACAAGAACUGGGUGGAGAGGUACUACUCAGACAUCGGGAAGAUGCCGGCCAUCAGCGACCAGGACAUGAACGCGUACCUGGCUGAGCAGUCCCGGAUGCACAUGAAUGAGUUCAACACCAUGAGCGCGCUCUCCGAGAUCUUCUCCUACGUGGGCAAGUACAGCGAGGAGAUCCUCGGACCCCUGGACCACGAUGACCAGUGUGGGAAGCAGAAACUGGCCUACAAACUAGAACAAGUCAUAACCCUCAUGAGCUUAGACAGCUGAGAACCGUCCUUCCAGGGUCCCCUGGAGGGAGGGACACACCAAGCCGUGCCUCAGUCUAGAUUAUCAUCUUUACCAAGUGCAAGUUCCGACUGGCGUCAGGAGCCCCCCUGAGCAGCGCUGUCUCCCACCCCCCGCCGCCUGUUUCUGGCUCCCCCCUGCUUUCUGGAUCCCCUCUCUUUCAGUUGCUCUGCCAACGGGAUUGAACCAAGCCACCGACCCUCAGUAAGUGCCGUUAGUGAGGGACCUGGCCGGGAGACAACAGAGGGCGCUCUUUCCCAGCGGACCCUGCGCAUCCGCAGUGGGGCUGAAUCCGGAGCCCUGGACGAAGGACGUUUCUGUGCUGCUACGUCACCUGCCGCUUGCUGACGGCCCCACACUGGUCUGAACCAUGGCCUGGGAAGAGGCAGGGGGCUCAGCCUCACCUUCACUGGGACAACGUCGCCUGGCCCAUGGUUCCGCUGCUGGGGGCCUGGUCCCUUUGCAGCCAGGAGAAGAAAGUCUCCUGCUCGUGGCUGGAGUGGGGGUGUGAGGCGUGGAGCCACCUCUCACUUGAUGGGUGGGCAUCCAGAGGCCUCCUUGUCCCCUUCCCAUCUUCAUGGAGCCCUUCCAAGUGCCCAGUGGGCCCAGCCUACCCGGUCUCCUUCCCGCCUGCAGAAGACCAGACCGAAAGAAUGACCAGACGGAAAGAAGGGCAGUUACAUCCCAACCUCCCAGUCUGGCUCCUGGUGGCAGAAGUGUAACCCGGAGGGGGAGAAAAGAGAAGGGAGCUGCAUCCACUCUGGAGGCAGAAUUGGUAGCUUUCCAUGCAGCCCCACAUGCAAACGAAUCACGGCCACGGGCAGAGGUCUGAUCCAUCGCAGAUCCCCAAGUGCCACGUGCCACAGCUCCAUCCUUAGUCCUCGCUCAUCGGGGUCAAGGUAACAUGCAGAGCGCGUCCAGGAGAUUCUACCUCCAGCUGUCUCCGUGGCCCCACCCCUGCCGUCCUUGCUGAGGGCGCUAUCGAAGCCUCGCCCCUAGCUCCCUGCAGUGUCUGGUGCUGUGGCUAUGCAGACAACUUUGUCACUGGACGGUUCAAACCUCCUUGAGAGGAAUUAUUUCAUCAACGUCGCAGCUGUCUCCUGUCACUCUCCUCCCUAACCUCUUUGGCCGUCGUCCGUGAAAGAAACACACACACGAGCCCAGCCUCGCAGAAACAAACCAAAAUGCCAGCCAAACUCAGCCCCUGGUUCGUCAUGUUCGAGCAGGACUGAAGAAUCAAGAGGAAGGACCUGGCCAGAAAGGGAAGAGGGACAUACAACUGACCUUGGCCCUGGCAUCUGUCUCUCCAUCAGUCCAUCUAUGGCUGUGUCGUUUUCGCCAGCCGGGCAAAUGUGUGCUCACACAUGCGUCCUAGGUGAGCAGGGGCUCUGGUGAGAGAUGGUCCGAUGGACAGCCACGGAAACCUGAAACCUUGAAGGGACCUUAGAUGCCACCUCCCUCCGUGGUCCAGUCUCCACCAAAGACUCGCUCCUGACAGCCCCGGUGUCGACUUGGGCAUUGUCUGAGGCGGGGCUAGGAAGGAGGGUUCCACAGUCUUGCCUUCACUCCCCAAGUACGAGACCUCCUCCCUGCCACCCGCUCAGAAGGGACCCCGCGUGGAAAGAGGAAGGAAGCACAGAAUUUCCAGCAUCCUGAACUCAAAGAAUGCUCGCCGCGUCGGAUAGGCAUAGCUGUGCGUGCGUGCAUGUGAGCUCAUGUGCACACACCUGUGUGUGUGCAUGUGUGUGCGUGAGUGGGUGCGUUUUUGUGUGUGUGUAUCUGCUGCCCCAGGAGUAGGCAGAGAGCUCAGAAAGAUUUCUCGUCCUACUAGAGGGAUGUGCAGCGUCUCCCUCCUGUGCCCCGCUCACCAUUCCUUCGGCACCUUUGCGACAUUUCAACUCUUGUUUCCUGUGCUGAGCGCCGGGGGUGAGGUCACCGUCCAUAGGAAAUCAGGGUGGUCACUGGCCAAGGGAAGCCUGCGCUGGGCGGUUGGUGACACAGGGCAGGGCGUGAGGUGGCCUCGAGGAGAAACCCCAACAACUGGAAGAGAAGCAUGAGAAAGAUGCGUGUCAGGGGGGAAAACAUAACCAAAGGUUUGGGCAGACGAAGCGCCAGGUGGAGAAGCACGGACCUUCUACCCUGGAUCGUUUGCUUUUCUCCCCAGAAGCCACAAGCCCUGCCGGCCGGGAAGGAAGCACGUGGCCGGGAGGCGGGCUGUGGAGGCACCUUGGCCGUGAAAAUAUUUUUGCACAUGUGAGGGGUUGGGGAGGAGAAAGACACAAACAUAUUUAACACAGAUGUGCUGAAUGGAAGCUGUGUGUGUAAGUGCGUCUUGAUUUAUUUUUUAAGUUUUGCACAGUUAGAGGGAAAAAAAUGAACGAGCAGAAAAAAGAAAAAGACAUCACGGUUCUGCUGAAACUUUUCUUUUUUUUUUACCGUAUUAUUAUUAUUGUUAUUGUUUUCUUUGUCGGUACAAAACUACCCCCCCCCCCCAUGUUUUUGUUGUAAGAGAAACGUCAAACACCUCAGAAAUGUCAGGAAGAAAGAGGGGAGGAGGCUGGAGAUGUUUCCAUGCCCUCCUCAUUUCUCGUGGGGGGCUGGCUUUAUAUUAAUUGUUGGGGCUGGACUUUGCUGUGGCCCCUGGGAAAUGGAGAAACGGGAUAGGGUCACACCAGAGCCCCAACCCAAUUUGCCCCAUAAGAGCCGUCUCUCCUUUAACUGUUUGUUUUCUGUUUCUUUGCUUUGGAUUCUUGGUGCCUGUGUGAUAAUGUUUCAGAGUAAAGACAAAGCAGCAUUGUCAAAAAGCCGCUCUUUCCCCCAGCUCUUCUUUCCAAACCUCUCCUUGGAGUCCCCAGCCUCCUCCUGGCAGGCCAGAGACCCAGGCUGGCCAGCAUGUGCCAGAGAAGGGCCCUGGGCAGGCUGUGUCCUGCGGGAGGGCGGUCUCUGCAAACCCCUCCCUGUCACGGUUCAUGUGCAGGGUCACGGUUCAUGUGCAGGGUCAUGGUUCUGUUGAAGGUGGGACCUUUAUCUGACUCCUUGAGUCCUAGGCAGAGAGCAGGGGCGAAAAGGCCCUCUCUUCUCAACCUCCCUUUCACCCCCUCUCUUCCACUCUUCGCCCCUCAAGGCCAUGUGGGUCCAAAAUGGUACCAGGAGAUCACAUCGUCCAAAUAACUGCCCUGGGCUGGGCAGGGAGCUUGAAAGUUGGAAGGAGAUGAUGGGACGACGCCAGAGGUGGCCAGAGGCAGGGAGAACUUUGCAACGUCCCGGAUUUAAGGGACUGGGUAGAGAGAUGCUGGGGAAGUGAGCUGCAGACGGGUCAUCUCUCCUGAGGAGCACACAUCUCCCCAGGAAUGGGCUUUGCCAUUCCUGGUCCUUCCAUGGAGACGCUGACAUUUCUCGGUAGCUGCACAUAGCUCCAUGAAGUGACGAUGGCUACGUGUCGGUUACUUCCUCAGGACAGUAUUUUUUUCUUGCCUUCUUGUUUUAAUGUGGUUUUGAAAUUGGGGACCCAGGAUGACCUCGGUAUCCCAGAGGCUCACACCCAGAGCCAGCCCUGGAGCUUCCUUCUCGUGAGCCUGCAGGCUGGGGAAGGAGGCCAGAGAUGCUUGAGAGAGAAGUCAAUCCAAGCAAAUCCCAGCGUUUGAGACAGGCUGUCCAGGACUGUGCCCAAGGGUGAGGUCCCUGCUGCCCCCUCCCAGUCCGGGGUGAAUGUCCAUGUGCCGUCUAUCCCAGCACUGAACCCCCUUUCCCACGCCCAGGCCCUCAGGCUCUUGUCCUCUUUGCAUGUCUGGCUCCUGAGUGUGCCCCUCCCCCAGCAGAGCGGAGUGGGGACAAGCACCCCUGGUCCCUCUUGCCCACCUCCUGCACGUGUAGCCUCUGCCCCAAGGCCAUGUAUCCGCUAGAAUUCAGGAGCUGCUCAGUCCCGCCCUGGACCACCCCUCGCCCCCUCCCGCUCGCCAAAGCUGUCUUGCUGAGUGCUCAGGGGUCCCUGGUCCCUCCAGGGCCUGGGGGGGGAGGGUCCCCCGCAUCAGAGAAGCCACAAGCAGUCGUUUCCCAAAUGACCUCCAGUCUACCAGGCAAGUCUUGAUGAUGUUUCCAGAAUCCUGAACAACCCCUGGCUCCGACCUUAAAGGGAAAGAAAGCCCGCUCUCCAUCUGUCUCCUCUCUUAGGACCAAGGGGCGCUGCCUUUGGCUUCCCAGGAUGCCAAGUCAAAUACUUAACCUAGUGAAGGUUAAGGUUAAUCACUGUUCAUCAAGAACAAACGUUCCUGCCUCAGAGAGCCGAGGAGGUCCCUGGAAGGCAAGCGGCCGUGGGGGCCCUCCCCCGGCAGAAGGCCUGUGGACACUCGUUUCUUGGCCCUGGACCGCGGCCCUUCCGGGAAGGGGCCGCCCCCUCGAGAAUCCCAGCGCGGGUCUCUGAGAGGCGUUUCCGCGGAUGAAAACCUCCAGGUACCCGCGUCCCCCGCUGUGACCCCAGCGGACCCCGCCCCAGGCAGAUCCCAGCUCCUUCCUGGCCUUUCCUCUUCCCUCUAUUUGACUUGGCAUCCUGCCCUCUCGUUCCUGUCCUCAAGACGCUUCCGUCAGCUCCCCGCCCCCAUCAGCUCUUAGGACAGACCACUAAGGGCCCCUGUCCCCUCAGCCCUGCCCUUAGUCUUUAAACUGUAGGUGGGCUGUUUAUUUGGAGUUUGUAGUUGGCUAUUUUUUGUUUUUGCAUUUGAAGAGUUCGGAGGAGGGAGCCCCGGGUGGAGGGGGGCAUGUAAAGUCCAAAUACGCGGGGACGGUGGGCGGGAAACCCUUUACCUGCGACUUUCAAGGGGAUGAGGAGAAACUGGAGGCCGAGGGAUGGGGGGGGGGGUCCUCCAAUUGUUAAAAAAGGGGUCAGGACAACCCUCGGUGUGACCUUCCCCUGCUGGGGCAGCACCCUCUGUGGCUGCUAGUAUUCCGGGCGCUUCCUUUGCACCUUUGCUGGCUGGAGCCCAGGGCGCUACCCCAGCUCCCCCCCGCAUCCUUCGCCCCCCCCUCACACCCCCACCCCCACCCCCACUGCGUAGCAAGCAGUCAUCUCACAGAGUGGGAGGCCGAGGUGACUGAAGAGGCUGCUCCUGGGGGAGGCCGAGGCUGUGGAGCCCCUUCUCCUGGUGCUGAAACGCUGACCCAUCCUCCCAUUCGGAAAAGAAUCUCUGCAGAAAAAUUUCAGACAUUCAGGAGCGACCUUCCUAUUCAACUGCAAAUCUUUGCUCCCCAAUAAAAUUAUUUUUUAUUAAGGUGAGGAGCCACCUUUACAAAUGUAGAGGAUGUUUGGCUGUGCAAGUAACACACGCUCAUUAGAGUCCCAUUUAAAUUCCUCGCAUAGACCAGUGGCUACUCUAAAUCAAAACCAAACCAAACCAAGCAAAAUCCCUAUGAAUGAAAAGACUUCUGUAGGUAGGCUGGAGGUGGGGGAGGGCCGUGGACCUUGGUCAGACCAGCCCACCUGCCCUCCACUCUACCCCCUUUCACAGUCUCCCCAGGCCGCCCCUGGGGUCGCUGAAUCCUACAGCCUCCCCCUAGAGGCAGCGGGGAGACCCCGUUAGGGAUUUUUCACCGAGGGCCCCUCUCUUGAGAAGGCAGCCACUCGUGGCACAUAGGUCCAUGCAACCCAUCUUGCACCAGUUUCUUUCUCUGGAAUGAGAACUUUUGUUGGUUAUCUUUGAUCUUACAACUCAAGCUCCCUGACAAGAGUAAAAUUCAGAACAGAAGACACAGUUGAAGAGCAAGGCAAAGGACACUUAAGAAACUGAGCCCCCCCCCCACGCCCCGGCCACUUGACCACACAGGACUGUUGACUGCAGUACAGGAGCCUGACCAAGACGGUGUCCGCGUCCUCGUGUCUCCUCCUUCCCUCUUCUUGCCCUGAUGUUCCCGCCAGCUUGUUGGCUCGUUAAACCUUCCGUUCUUUCAACAGAAAAGCUAGUAUACCUCAAAGAAUCGUGUUUCCAUUUGGAAACCAUGACGUUGUGUUUUAGGCCCUCCUUCAUCACACCCUGCCUGGGCCUGGCGUCCUUGAGGCCGGAGGCCCUGGUUUAGUCGUGUUUUGGCUGCGCUGACCAAGAACGAGAACCCCAGGCCCUGAGAUGGGAAGGAAGGAUUGGAGGCCUCCGCCCUCCUCCCCACUUUAGCUUGUAGAGACCAGCCUAUCUCUUUCAGCAAGGUCCUGCCAAGUUACCAUAGCAACCAGCAACUCCAGGGUACCACAACAGAUAAUGGCUCAGUGAGCCCAGGGGUGGGGGGAGAGGAGUCUGGCCGGGUCAGAUGACCCAGAGUUAAGUCUCAAACACUUAGAGAGGAGAGGAGGGACAGGAAAGGAUCAAUAGGUGGCUUAAGGAACAGGCAGGGGCCUCUGAGUCUUAGAGAGAGGCCACUGAAGGCGGCAGAGCGGUCAUUCUUGCGCCUGUCACCCACUCCCAGCCCCCGCCCACUUCCUGUUUCCAUAACAUUCCCACCUUGAACAUGACCCUUUGAUAGAAACAAAGCAAACCAUAUCUUUAGACAACAGUGUUAUAAGGAGCCUCAAAGAUAGUGGAUGAAAUCUAGGAGAGGAAGAGGGUCGUCUGGUUUUGAUUUUUAAAGAAGAGUAUCUGAGUAAGAGUUUAAAAAAAAAAGAUUAAAAAAAGUUUUUAAAAAGGAAACCUAUGCUGUUUAAAUUGGAGCCCAGUUGUAACUUGGUAAAGGCAAGCUUCUGUACCUUUGUUAUAAUUAAUUGUAUACCUGUGUAUGUAAAUAUAAGGCAUUCCUAUUUUGCAGUUCAGAACAAAAAAAAAACCUAUUUGUAAUAUAGAAUAAAGUUUAUUAAAAAAUAAUAAAAAUGA